CCGGAUAUCUGUGGUGACUCCUUCACGCUAAGCGCAGCAGCAACAUGGAACAGCUGUUGCCACCAACGGCUCUGCUACUUCUAGUUUCAGCUGGCAUGCAAGCUGAAGAUCUCCCAAAGGCUGUGGUGCUCCUAGAUCCUCCAUGGGACUGGGUGCUCCAGAAAGACAGUGUGACUCUGAAGUGUCAGGGGGCCCAACACCCUGAAGACACUUCCACACAGUGGUUCCAUAAUGGAAACCUCAUCCCAAGCCAGGCCUCUAGCUACUACAUUGCAGAAGCCAAAGAUAAAGACAGUGGAGAGUACAGGUGCCAGACCAACCUCUCCAUGCAAAGUGACGCUGUGCAUCUAGAAGUCCACACUGGCUGGUUGUUGCUCCAGACCCCUAAGCGGGUGCUCCAGCCCGGGGAGCCUCUCCGGCUGAGAUGCCACAGCUGGAAGAAUACGCCUGUGCAUAAGGUCACRUAUUUACAAGAUGGCAGAGGCAAGAAGUAUUUUCAUCGCAAUUCCGAGUUGUACAUUCCAAAGGCCACAUACAAGGACAGUGGCUCCUACUUCUGCMGGGGGCUUAUUGGGAGUCACAACGAAUCUUCAGAGUCUGUGAACAUCAUCAUUGGAGGUUCAGCAUUUCCAUCCACCUCCUCAGUUUUUCUACCUUGGCAUCAAAUUGCUUUCUGCCUGAUGAUGGGACUCUUAUUUGCAGUGGACACAGGGCUAUAUUUUUCUGUGCGAAGAAACCUUCAAAGUUCAGGGGGAGACUGGUCCAAACACAAAGUUAGAUGGAGCCGGGACCCUCAGGACAAAUGACCCAUGGGGUAAUAAGGGCACUGGCACAGCUUCUAUGAACCUCUCUGUGGAUCAGCAACCUCAUCAUCCCCAUCAGGCAUUUCUUU